ACAGACGGUUAGCUGGGCUUAAUGCGUGGAGAUUUCACCUUUGUAAAGAAGUUGUUAAAUGACAAAUGUAAAUGAUGUCGCGAGUGGAACCUGUGUUAAUUCUAGAAGCGUUGAAACUUCUGACAACACCGACAAGCGAGACCGAAAACUGGACAGCCAGUGGUCUGGUUAAGAAACAUGAAGGGAGGUUGGAAAAUCAAGGGUCAGAGGUGGAUGAUGAGAACUAUAUGGUGUUUGGAUUUGACCAGAUCCUCAUGAGAAACCUAUCUUUGUUCGAUGAGAAGCUAAAAUCAAAUUCAUCUUUUGAAAGGUUGCAGACAUUGUGGAAGAUGGAAAGUGAAACUGAAAGGGUUGUGUUUUUAUCUGAUAAAGAGAGCCCCAGGUGGAGGUAUGUUCAUUACUGUGUAAAGCUUCUUAACAUUUUAUCAUCAAGUUUACAGAUAGUUGCAAAGGAACAUAAAGAACAGAAAACGAAUCCAGAGUGUAAAUCGUCCCCUGCACUUGAGCCUGAUGUACUGAGCAUUAGUCAACAGAAGACCGUGCUGACCACUGUCCAGUUUAUCGUAUGUUUAGGCACGGGUCCGUGUCUUCAGCCAGGGGUGGGUAUUCCCAUGGAACUGCGAUCAGAUCUUGGUAAAUUGGUGACCAUUUCUACCCAGUUUUCUAUGUCACCCCAAGAAAAAGAGUUUCGCCUUCUGUACUGUGUGAAAUCACUGUUACAGUGUGUAAAAGUUCCAUCCCUCGGAGCUUUGGUGUUGUCCCGGCAUUUGACAGACAUUCUUGCUUCUUUGCUUCAACUGUGUUAUAACCCAUCCAGACUACCUAAAGCAAAGGCCGAUAACUCCUCAUCCAGCCUGGUUUUAUCAGCGAAUGAAUGUAGCACACCAGCUUCUGUGGUGGAUGCUGUGAUAGCUAGAAAUAAGAUAUAUGCAAAUCCUGUAGCUGUGAACCAGUCCCAGUCAACACAGCGUGAAAAGAACUUAUCUCCUGAAACAAAAGAAGGAAAACUGGGACAAAAGGAAAAAUUGAACUUCACAAUGAACAAUCCUGGGCAUGGUGAAGAAAUUUCAAACAUUAACAUUACCCAGAUGAUGCCAGAGCAUGAAAACAGUAACGUGGGUAAUGAAAAGUCCCAAGCCAGUGACCGAGUGACUGGCGGGCACACACUGACAGCGGCCGACAGAGCCUGGUGCUCGGAGUCCCUCAGACAUCUGCUGGACCAUGUGUACCAGCCUGUUCUGGUGAGGGAAUUGCUUUUGCUUCAGGGGGGACCCAGUCCACAAAUGAUGCAAAAGCCAAAGCCUCCUCUUUUGGGGCGUGCACCUUCAUGGUUACGGAAGGGGUGUGGUCAUUUACUGACCGAGGUUCUCCUGAAACCUCACGGGGUGCUGCACAUACUGCGGGGAAUGAUUGAUUUGCCUUCAGGUAACCCCACACCCGGUGACCUUGACUGGAGGAAGUGUGAGGCUAUUGCUAAGGUGAUUGCCCACUGCCCUAGACAGAUGACAUCUUUAGAGAAGUACUACAGACAAAUUUGUCCCCAGGUAUUAGAACUGCUACACACUGAUGACAGACUGACUUGCCGGCAGUUUUCUCGCGUGGGGUGCACCAUCAUCAACGUCAUGUCCUCACAGAACCCAGAGCUAGCGCAGACUUACCUGAUCCAACCCCUCACUGAGCCCCUCAACUGUUGUAUAUCAGUGCAAGGAGCACAGUUUGAGGAGAAUCAGAUCCUAGUUAAUGAGGAGCAGAUGUCCCAGUGUGUGGAGGACUUACACAAAAUGCUUGUUUCCAACCUUGACCCGCCUGCCAGCCUUGUCGCCCAUGUCAAGUCACUUCUGCAUCCUCUCUUCAAACUCUACUGUUUUCUAAAAGAUGGAGUUUCACACUUAAGGAGUGCUGUCCUUGAGAUAUUGGUCACCACGCUGCGCUCUCUGGAGAUAGUGACAGGAGUUACCGCCCUUGAUCUCUGUCUGUUUGCAGAUGAUGAGGAGGGUAUGACCAUGUUGCCCUGGUUACAGUUCACAGCAGGCCCCACAGGAGGGCUGGUUCUAAUAUUGAAACAAAAAGGCGAUGAAAGUGGGUGUGUUAACGAAGAGAAAGAGGAGGAAAUCAGAGUGAAGUGUAUGGUAGAUUUAUUGAAAAAUCUGCAUAAAGAUGUUUUAACUGGGGAGUUCUUCAUCAAACUGUUAAAGGAACUUACGGUGAUAAUAAAACAAGAAUCAGGUUCAGCAGAGAAAAGAGCAGAUAAUAAUCCUCAUUGGUUGAAGGAUAAUCAGUGUGGAAGAAGGAGAUUUUCUCGUCAGGUUUUGACACUCAACCUACUGGCAGAUAUGUGCGAGACUUUAGGUCCUUCUUUUCUGAAAAGCUCUCAACAUGUUCUGGAGUUUGUGAAGUCUACUCUGGAGCGAGGUGUGGAGGUGUGUCGUUGUACUGCAGACCAGGACACAGGGCUUUUUGAAACAGAAACCAUCACCAUGGCAAUGGGACUCCUGACAGCCGUUUUGAGUGGGGCUUUGGAGGUGACUGAGAAGGACAAGGAACAUAUGGCAGAGUUAUGCCCCCUGUUACAAGAGCUUGAAGAGGAGUAUCCAGACACGAGUGUGACUGAAAUGUCGGCUGAUUUGAGGAUUGCCAUAGCAACACAUGGAGCUGUCUGGUCAACACACUUAUCUGAUGAAGGCAAGAAACUUCAUAGGCCAAAACAUUCCCGUCCAAAAACAGGAGAUAAAGGCAAGUUAAAGAAGAAAAUAGAGGUUUUGUCGGAGUCUGUAAACGAAUACGCCAGUUCAGGCAUACCUGCUGAUGUUGAGGAGAAACACAAGCUUUCAACAGUUUCCGAGAGGCAGAAUAAAGAGAAAAAACAGGGUGAUACAACCACAGGACUUUCUCGUGCCUUUGAGGAAAUUUGUGACCCACUGAUCCCUGUUAGGGGCCACGGACUGAUUAUGCUAAGGUCAUUGUUGGAAAAAAAGAACAAAGAAGCCUUGGAGAAACAGGAUGCCAUUUUGACUAUUUUCCGUGAGAAUCUCUCCCACUCGGAUUCAUAUCUUUACCUGGCUGCUGUGAAUGGCUUGGUUACAAUGGCAUCGUUAAAGCCAGAUACGGUCAUCCAGUCACUUACUAAACAGUUUGCUAAUUAUAGCCAAUCAGGGAAACCUUUGCCUGUGGAGCUGCGAUUAAAAGUAGGAGAAUGUUUGGUUCGAGCCUGUAGACAGCUGGGAGACAUUCUUCCCAGGUACAAAGAUAUUCUGUUGGCCGCCAUUUUGACAGGAGCGAAAGACACAACACCAGAAGUACGAGCCAGCAGUCUGUCCAAUCUGGGCGAAGUAUGCAAAUUGCUGCGGUUUUCAUUGGGCAAGAAUGUUCAGGAGGUGUUUUCCUGUUGUAGCUGUGUGCUGAAGUCAGACAGUGAUGUUGAAGCGAGGAAGGCAGCUGGUCUGGUCCUGACUAUGAUACUGCAGGGCCUAGGAAAGGAUGCCAUGACGGUACUGGAGGAUGUGUUACGGGACCUCUAUAGACUACUGAAUCUCUGCCGUACAGUGGAGAGGGAGGAGGGGGUGCUGGUCCAUAUUGACUUGGCUCUGGCUGAGUUAAAUGGGAUUAUGAGGAGUUUUCUCUUCCCAAACCAAAGUCUCACCAAGAAGAUCCUGGUGUCUCGGCCAGAGUAAUGGGACAGAGUACAGGCCUUAUCAGGAGAAAUGUAACCAGUGGUGUUUCACUAACACUGUGAUAAUUAGUCUGGAUUUCUUAUUUCUUACUAUAGUGAGAAAAUGCACACGGUCUUAUUCUAAUCAGGCAUUCAUUGUUAAUCCUGAUAAAGUUGACUUCACUCUUAAUUUACAAGUACAAGAGCAGGUAGUGGCUGAGUGGUUAAAGUGCUCUCCUUUCAAUCACAUGGUGUGGGUUCAGUCCUAGACUUGGAAAGGGGACAAGUGUAUUUCCGCACUCUGUUUGCGUGUCCUUGAUGACAAUAACUGAGCGAUGGCGGCUGUGUUGCUUGCGUUGCAGUGUAAUAUUUGGAAAUGACAACUUGAUUUUCAGCAAUGUGGGAGAGUGUCCCUAUCUUGCCAAAGGUGAGUGGUUUUCCCUGCAGCUUGUAUCUGUCUCAAUUCGAUGGUGUCCAUGGUGACAUUUAUAGUGCUGCCUCACUGGGUUGCUAUGCUGAAGACCAGAGGUGUUGAUGUCCAGUCAGUCCUGGCCUACCCUUCAACUAGACCCAUUCUGAGUAAGGAUUGAACUUGUGUCUCAUGAUGACAGGGUGCCUGCCUUUUCCACCUCGACCAGUACCAACCUAAGUCACCUGUAGUCUGAUGCACAUUGGCAAAGUAUACUGCCACAUCUUUUACUGUGAUGUUAAAGUAAGGAUCACAAGGGCCUUCAAAGACUGCUGUAAAUCUUCAACCCUUUCCCCUUUUGUCAGUGGCAUUUCUGUAUACAAUUAUGAAAAUGACAUUAAAAUUAUUGGUUUGUGUCGUUAAAGAUGCAAGCUUCAUAAAACUGUGCUAAGUGUUUCUCUACACCUCAUAGUCCUCUCAGAAUUUUUCCAUAAAUAGUAGCGUGCAGGAAGGUUAAAUUAGAAAGGUCACUAAAGCUCAUCAAAAGCAAUAAGAGUGGCUCUAAUCCCUGAGAAAUUCAAAUGUUACGAAG